AUGGCCAAGGAGCGACGGGUGCGGAUGGUGGCGAAGCAGAUCCAGCGGGAGCUGGCGAACAUGCUGACCCGCGACCCCGUCAUGCAGCGCGCUGUCCUCCCCGAGGCCGCCCUCGGCGCCGACCGCUACCUCUCCUCCCCCACCACCAUUGCCGACGUCGAGCUCUCCAACGACCUCCAGGUGUGCAAGGUGUAUGUGUCCAUGUUCGGGGAAGAAGGUGGCCAUGGCCGGGCUCAAGGACAAGACCAUGUACCUCCAGGUCACGCCCGAGCUCUCCAACGACCUCCAGGUCACCUGGAGUAG